CUCUCAGCUGUAUCUUCUCUGAUUAACGGGACAGAAGUGAAUUAUUCUUGCUCAGAUGCCGUAUAUGCGCGCGAGUCCGAGGAAAUAAAAUGAAUAUUCAACACAGCCGUGGACUAAACAGCGCUAAAAAACAACCAACCCAUCCUCUUUAAACAGACCGUGUUUUUGGAGCUUUAAGAACUUUUUAGUGGGAUUUACGGUUCAGUUUUGGAAUAACUUUGUUGGAUUUCACUGUCUACUGCAAAAACACAACCUUUCAGGAUGGGUGACGGACAAUGCUACUACAAUGAAACCAUAGCCUUCUUUUAUAAUCGCAGUGAGAAGUAUCUUGCCACAGAAUGGAAUGCAGUAAGCAAGCUGGUCAUGGGACUCGGGAUUACCGUAUGCAUUUUUAUCAUGCUCGCUAACUUGCUUGUGAUGGUGGCCAUCUAUAUCAACCGCCGAUUUCAUUUUCCAAUCUACUACCUAAUGGCUAAUUUAGCGGCUGCUGACUUUUUUGCGGGACUCGCCUAUUUCUACUUGAUGUUCAACACGGGACCCAAUACAAGAAGGUUGACGGUCAGCACAUGGUUACUGCGGCAGGGCCUCAUCGAUACGAGCCUAACGGCCUCGGUCGCGAACUUGCUGGCUAUAGCCAUCGAGCGCCACAUCACCGUGUUCCGCAUGCAGCUCCACACCCGCAUGAGUAAUCGGCGAGUAGUCGUAGUUAUCGUAAUCAUCUGGACCAUGUCCAUUGUCAUGGGAGCUAUUCCAAGCGUGGGCUGGAACUGCAUCUGUGCCAUUGAGACCUGCUCCAACAUGGCACCUCUCUACAGCAACUCCUAUCUGGGCUUCUGGGCGAUCUUUAACCUGGUCACGUUCGUGGUGAUGGUUGUUCUUUACGCUCACAUAUUCAUGUACGUACGCCAGCGGACCAUGAGGAUGUCCCGGCACAGCUCAGGUCAACGGCGCAACAGGGACACUAUGAUGAGCUUGCUGAAGACGGUCGCAAUUGUGUUGGGUGCCUUCAUUGUGUGCUGGACGCCUGGUUUGGUGCUCCUCUUGUUAGAUGUGGUGUGCGCUAAAUGCAAUGUCCUGACCUAUGAGAAAUUCUUCCUGCUUUUAGCAGAAUUCAACUCUGCCAUGAACCCUAUCAUAUAUUCCUACCGGGACAAGGAGAUGAGCGUCACAUUCAAACAGAUCCUGUGCUGUCAACGGCAGGAGAACGUGAACGGUACGGCGGAGGGUUCAGACCGAUCUGCGUCCUCCAUCAACCAUACGGUCCUUAGCGGAGCUCACCAUAAUGACCAUUCAGUGGUCUGAGGUUCAACGGGGGCAAGGAUCCUCUUAGUUUAAGCAAGAAAGUGACUGUGAAGGUAUUUUCAUCAGCAAAAGACUUGUUUGUGCUUAUGAAGUUGUUGUUUUUUUCUGGCUAUACAAUGAUGUUUGACACUAUAUUGAACUAUUUAAAGGCUAAUCCAGAAGGGAUUUAACACAAAUUGUAUUUGUUUCUGUAAUGCCUUAAGGAUGAAACGGUUAGAUGAGUAUUUAGGCUAGUUGUAAUUGUUAAUGAAACUGUUGUAAAUCAAGGUGUUACAUGAAUUGUCUUGUCUUGUACAGCAGUUGUUAAAGUGAAGGAUGUGGUGCCCAGUGAAUCUGCUUUGUUAAGUAAUAAGAAAUAGUGCACUUGAGGGACCACUGGGAAAUAAUAUGAGGUGAACUAUGCAAAGUACUGAAUGUUGGCUUGAUUUCUUUUGUUGUUGCAUAGUUUAUUUUGCACUGCAGGUUCAUCCUAUAAUGCCAUGUUCACCAAUAAAGCCAACAGUCUGUGCAUCCAAGCCUUGGUAGCUCUAAUUGACCAUAUGAAAUACUGAAGAAUAAAGUCGUGUUAAAAUAUAGCAAGGUGCAAAAUUCAGGCCCCAAUCAAAAACCCGUCUUUCACAUUAUGAUCACCUAAAAACAGUACUUCAGUGUGGAGAAUCUUACCAUAAUAUUGAACAUAUAGACGUAGUUUGUACACAUAUCACGAUUGAACAUAAUUAUCAGUCAAACUGGAUGGCAAAUUGUAUUAACAAAUUGGGUAUUAUGAGAUUCAACACAACAUGUACUAUAUUUAUGUGUAACUGUCUACUUGAUAAUUGCUUAGCAGGCCAAUUGUAAACUUGCUAAUCGUAAUAGAAUUAAAGCUGCAAUCCGUAACUUUUGCCUCUCUAUCGCCAUCUCUGUUUGAAACAUAACAUUGCAGGUUACUUUACACGCUUACCUUUAAGUUUGUUGAGAAAUUACUGACUAUUUUAUGCAAAAUCUGACCCGACAGCUAAACUUAUAAAUCAAUGAGUGCGUUUACAUGCACAGUUUUAUGCCAAUUAUGUUUAAUAAACUGAUAACAUGUGGGGUCAUGUAAACUCGUAAAACUUUUUUUUUUUUUACCGUGGAAAGCCCAUAAACGGCGUAAACAAAAACCGAUCGGCACAGGUAGUUUUUUUGCUCAUUGCGCCAAUUUCGCAUGGCAUGUAAACACGUUAACUGGCUUUCUUACGGUUUUGUCCAUGUGCGCAUGUCUCCGCGUGUGAAAGAUAAACGUCAGACACGGAAGUAAGCGCAAAGUAACACAUUAAAAGUCACCGCUCGACUAAAGCAGUUGGCAGAGAAACUGCGAAAAUAAAAACUGAUGUUAUAUUUACAGGUUCUGGAGACACGAAAAAAGAUAAAACAAUAUAGCGUAAGACAGAUAUGCCGUUGGCUUUUCGAUCGGCUGUUAUGUACUAUAGGCGAUGACGUCACUACCUGCGAGAAACCUGACAAAUCUCCAAGUCUCAUGUAAAUUCAGUUGUCUGCAUAGCCGGUUUAUUGAUUUGCACAUAAACGCAUGAAAAAGUUUUUAUAAUAAGCAGAUUUUUGAUAGUUAUCCACUUAUUCUGUGCAUGUAAACGCACUCAUUAUUAUAAGCUUAACAUCGGAAUAAGGUAAGGAGACAGUCUUCAAUACUGAUAUGUUGUACUUGUUCAAUAAUGGAUUUUUGUAACCAUGUAAAUAUUUUUAAACAAAAAAGUUACAGAUUGCAGCUUCAAGAUAACAAAAUGUGCAAAAUUCUAAAAUUUGUGCUAAAGUUUGACCAUUCCUACCUUUAGUAAAAUCAUAAAAUAAGAAAAUAAUGAAAAGGACAUUUAUUUUUAAAUAUACUUACUCACAAAAAGUUAGGGAUAUUCGACUUUCAGGAAAAAAAUUAUAAAAAAUGCAAGAAGUUCAUGCUACAGUGAUGAUAUAUCAUGAAAGAAGGGCAUUUGAAUAGAAAUGUCAAAUUAGUUUACAUGUAAAGGUUAUAGUGCAUUUUAGGUGCAUUGCGAAAUUUCACCCGAAAGUUGAAUAUCCCUAACUUUUUGUGAGUAAUGUGUAAGACUACAUAGAAGCAAUAGUUUAAGAUAAAAAAAAAACAUUCUUGAAACUGAAGCCAUCCUCGGUGUAUAUGAGUUUCUUCUUUCGGUUAAACACAGGCAGAGCUAUAUGAAAUAAUAUCCUCUCUUUUCAGCUUUGUAAUCGAAUUGGAUAGUGCUUUCUUAUUAAAACUCCAAAAAAGUGCAUCCCUCCGCCAACCUUCCACCUGACCUCAACUUUCUCAUAAAUGCAAUUACGGAUGUAGUUUAUAAAAUUUGAAAUAGAAUUGUUUCCUCACAAAAAAAAACAUUGCUUCUCCUCUGAAGACUUUUAAGAACUUUAAAUAUGGAUUAGUUUUUGAUCGAUGCAGUUUGUGGAAAAAUGGGGCACCAUCUAAUGCUAUUAUAAAGCUGAAAAGAGCUGGACUAAUUUUCAUUUUAUGGGUGAACUAUUUCUUUAAAUAUUUGUGUAAAGCUGGAUAGACCUAUAGCCCAGUAACUCAUUACACCAUAUAUGAAUUUACUCAACAUGAUGUUCCAUACACAAACACAUGUCAUUGUUUAAUUGGUUAUGUAAUUUACAAUAGUUUGAAACGGGGAGCAACAUUGUGCCUUAAAGACAGGUUUGGUCCCUGUGUCAACACAAGCCUCACGUGUGAGGCUAUUUAAUGUUUUUGUAAUGUGUUUUCAGGGAUUUAGAAUCAAUCCUUAACACCUUUUUUAUUUAAAGGUCGAUCGGGUUGCAUUUGAUGCCACUGUGCUAAAACACAAUAAAUAAAUAUAAUAGUACAAACUAAGAUAACGAACAACAGACUAUUUUUAAGGACAUCCAAUUCGUGGUCUUCAUUGUAAUGACAUAACAAACUAUGUGUCAUGACCUUAAAGGCAGAGUGCACAAUGUUUAAAAGCCAAUGCUGAUAUUUGAAAUCACCUAAACAAACACGCCCCUACCCCAAUAGAAUCUGGACCUUCUUUUAAAAGACCCGCCCCACAAAUACGCAACCCGGCAAGGAUGUCGUUUAGUAGACACGCUCCUUACUGCUGAUUGGCUAGAAGUGUGUUUCGGUAGUCGGCCGUCUCCUUUUCCAAAGCGUUUUUCAAACAUUGUGCACUCCGCCUUUAAGUUAGAAAACGUAUAAUCAUGCUGAAAGAAUUUAAAAUUUGAAUGGUUAAACAUGGCAGAAAUUAAAUUAUCGAAGAGUAUCUGUACUUUAUAUACCAGUGUAUGUAUGUAUGUAUAUAAUAUGUGUAUAUAUUCAUAUAUGUUAGACAAAAAGGGAAUGUUUAUUGUUUAAAGCUAAAACAUCUGACCCAAUGUAUAGUUAAGGACCUUUUCUUCUAAAUCUUAUUGAAACUAAUUGGUGCAAACAUUGCUAUGUGUCAGUGCUCUAUAUACCAAAAGGAUUUGGACACCUCUCUUAAAAAUAUCUGUAUUGUCUUUCCACUAGAUAACAAAAUAUCAAACCAAGUGGCAUUUAUUUUACAGAAACACAAAUUGCAAAAGCACAGUUUUUAAGCAGAACAUUACACAAAAAUGUCUGUUCACUGUAAUACAUGUAGCUUGAGUUUGAUUAAAACUGUUUGCCACUUGCUUUAGUAUUUUGUCAUCUAAAACAAUAACAUUUACAGUACAUGUUUUCCAAUGUGACUUAUGCAGAUAUGUUUUGGUAAACUGUAGAAAGUCCAAUAUUCAUAAUGCAUAAUGUUGUUUCAAAGAGUGGAAACAUUGUAGCAAAAUUAUACUAUAGAAUUUUGAAUUCUUUUGAUUGAUCCUUUCAACAAUAACAUUUCUGACUCAUGUUUAAAUGGUAUUAUGUAUAAUGAAUGAUCUCCCCACUAUAAUGAGAUGGACAUUUAGAGAGGGAUCAAUAAGGGACUUUUUGCCGAGACACUUUUUUUUAUUAUACCUAUCGGUAUAAAAAAUUGUCAUACAACAGUAAAUACUAACACUGUCAAAAGUUUUAUGGUUUUUAUGAAAUUUGUUUUACCAGAAAAACAACCUGUAAAACCUCUCAAAGUUUUGUUACAGGCACCCAAUGGUCCAACGUUAUUCAUUCUGUUGUGAAAGUUCACAGCCAUCCAAAAAAGACAGCUGUGCAUGACAACUCAUGGGCCAUUGGUUCAUUCUAGGUUGAAAACGCAAUGCAUUUGAUCAUCAUUUAAGGAAAUGUGACCAUUUUCAAAUUUAUUCUUGUUUUCGUUUGUUUCCUAAUGAUGUCUCUGUAUUCUGAAUUCUAUAUUCAGAAAUUUUGUAUGGUAACAUUCACUUAAUCAUGUCAUGCAGUAAGUGAACCUUCUUAAAAUAAAUCUCCAUAUUCAUCAAA